UGUGUCUGUGUCUGACAACACAGACACACAAACACAGAUCGUCAGCUGCACGGCGCCAGGACCGUGCCACGAUAACCCAGCGACCAGAAACUGGGACAAUACGAGUGUCCGCAUUGGGGAGGGGAGGAGGAGGAGGAGGAGGAGGUGGAACUGGGCUGCGGCUGCACCACAAUGUGAAGGGAGGCUCUGAGGAGGAGAAGACAUGAAGCGCAAGAGCGAGAGGAGACGAGGCGAGUCGAGGAAGAAGCGCUGCGGCUCAGAGGGGGGGCCGAACUCCGACUUGCACAUGGAGAUAACAGAUCAACUGUACUUCGCCAUCCUCCAUCAGAAGAUCAAGAGCACUGCAGAGAGACACUGCUUCUGCAUAGACGAGGAGCUGGCCUAUGAGAACUUCUAUGCGGACUUUGGUCCCCUUAACCUGGCCAUGUUUUAUCGCUUCUGCCUCAAGCUGACAAAGAAGCUCAAGUCUAUUACGCUGUCAAAGAAGAAGAUAAUAUUUUAUACAUGUGGAGACCAGAAAAAACAGGCCAAUGCUGCCUAUCUAAUAGGCUCAUAUGCGGUAAUGCAUCUAAACAUGAUGCCAGAGGACGCCUACAGUCUGCUGGUUGCGAGGAAUUCAACAUACAUCCCAUUCAGAGACGCUUCAUUUGGAAGCUGCAUGUACAACCUGAACAUCCUGGAUUGCCUCCGUGCCGUUCAGAAGGCUUUGCAGUACGGCUGGCUGGACUUCUCCAACUUUGAUGUGGAGGAAUAUGAGCACUAUGAGAGGGCAGAGAAUGGAGACUUGAACUGGAUCAUUCCAGGGAAGUUCCUUGCAUUCAGCGGACCUCAUCCAAAAAGCAAAAUAGAAAAUGGGUAUCCUCUGCAUGCUCCCGAGGCCUACAUGCCUUACUUCAGAAAACACAACAUCACCGCCAUCAUCCGCCUCAACAAGAAGAUGUACGAUGCCAGGCGUUUUACGGAUUCAGGCUUUGAACACCACGACCUGUUCUUUGUUGACGGGAGUACACCGACCGACAGCAUUGUCCGGAAGUUCCUCAACAUCUGUGAGAACGCAGAAGGAGCGAUAGCGGUCCACUGCAAAGCGGGUCUGGGGAGGACUGGUACCCUGAUUGGCUGCUAUAUGAUGAAACAUUACGGCCUGACUGCUGCAGAGGCCAUUGCCUGGAUACGGAUCUGCCGGCCAGGGUCCGUUAUCGGGCCUCAGCAGAACUUUGUGGAAGAGAAGCAGAACAAUUUAUGGGCAGAGGGAGACGUUUUCCGAGAGAAGAUGCUCAAUGAACGAGAGAACGGCAAGGUGGCUGUCACAAGGAUCCUGUCCGGAGUGGACGACAUAACCAUCAACGGCAGCAACAAAAACAGGGCAACUAAGAAAGAAGAAAUUGAUCUGUAUAAUGAUGAGGAGGAGAGAAAUGGCCUCACGCAGGGUGAUAAACUGCGAGCGCUGAAGAGCAAGAGGCAGGCCAGGUCGUCAUCAGGCUCACUCACACAGGAGGAGAACAAGAUUCACACCAGGUCGUCAUCACAGUCCCUGAGCAUGUCCAUCUUACAGGCCAGUGUUCAGGGCUGCAAGACCAACCCCAUGGCUCUGUCCGACCAAUCAGACAGCAGAAAGAGAACCAGAACCUCCCUGCCAGCCAACAGUGUAGGAGGAAGCUCCCUGUGCCACACCAGACUGGUCAGGUCCCUAGGCAACUUGCAUGUAGUGGCUGGCGACAGGGACCCAAUGUGUUGUGAGCCAUGCGGCAGCCAUAGAGACGCAGCCAGUGCCACAGCCAACACAGGCACUUUCAUCAACUUAAACAUGGCACAGGUCCACCUGCAGUCACUCUAUACCCAAAGCUAGAGCUCCUCUACUCCGGUGAACCUGUGGAUCUGCAAAGCCUGAUGAACUUUACAUGAAAUCCUUUGUAUACAGCAGAACUAGUUAGUUGAUUCUUGAUUUUGAGGAACAGAUUGGUACAAACUUUACCCAACAUGUCAGCAAUUUAUAGAUUUGUUUUUUUUAAUUCCAAGUUAUUUUCGCCUGAAGGCACUUUGGUUUUUAUAAUUUUAACAGCAUCAUGAGACAAACUGAUAGUUUUAAUCAUUGCCUGGUUGUUCCUAUACUUUUAAAGCAUGCAGUAGCAAACAUCAGAUUGAAAUAUAUCUAGAAGACUGGCAUGUGAAUGUGUGAAUUCAAGAGAUCUCCUCCAGAAAACGCACUGUACAGCAGAUAUUCUGCUUUUUAAAGAUGGAUGCCUCACACAAUACAGUACUGCACACAUUUGUACCCUGGUUCAAUAUCUAGCUCGUCUUUUAACCCCAUCAUAUAUUCAAAGCUUUUCAAUACUGUAAAUGUGUGAUCAUUUGAUAUACUCAGUUUGUAUUUUGUAAAUAUUUUUGUACUAUGUUUAACUCAUGCUAUGAAAAGUCAACGGUCCUAAAAGGGACCUGUAUCUAAAUCAUGCUCAUAAUCCACAAUAGAAGUUUGCCCAAAGCACAGAAUUGGAGAUUUUAAAUAAAUUGUACCCACCAAG